CCGGGAGCCAUUCAGGGGCUUGACAGCAGCUCCACAACCGAGAGACAUCUUCAGCCUCUAACUGCUCUGCCAUGGUGCUCGGGCAGCAACACGCGGGCACGGUACAGUUGCACAUACCUGUCUCUGUUUUCUGCCUCUUGCAGCACGGCGUGGAGGACACGGCAGCAGAAUGCGAGAGGCUGGGAGCCACUGUUCAAGCCUUCGUGGUGGACUGCAGCAAAAGGGAGGAAAUCUACAGUGCUGCAGAGAAGGUGAAAAAGGAAAUUGGGGAUGUCUCCAUCCUGGUGAAUAACGCUGGUGUGAUUACAACUGCUGACCUGCUCUCGACUCAGGACCACCAGAUUGAAAGAAUGUUUGAAGUCAACAUUCUUGCUCACAUGUGGCCCACAAGAGCUUUUCUGCCAGCCAUGAUGAACAACAACUACGGUCACAUCGUUACGGUGGCUUCGGCAGCAGGUCAUUUUGUGAUUUCGUUCAUGGUGGCUUACUGUUCAAGCAAGUUUGCUGCAGUUGGAUUUCAUAAAGCUCUGACAGAGGAGCUGUCUACCCUGGGAAAGGACGGAAUAAAAACUACGUGUCUCUGUCCUGUUUUUAUAAACACUGGAUUUGUCAAAAACCCCAGUACAAGGUAACUGUCAGAACUCUGCCUUGCUGUCCUUCCUUCUUUGCACCAAGGCACUACAUAUCGGCCCCAGCUUUGGGCCUUGUAUUCCAACUGA